CACUGUUGCAAUGCAUUGUCCUUUGCUUUGUCGAAGUUUAUACAGUGCAUUUUUGCUCUCUCGUGACCAUGGCUGCUGAUGCAGCUAGACAUCGCAAAUAAUCUGCAUUAAUUUGAAUUAGCAUAGUAUCGCCUGACGACACACGUAUUUUGUCAAACGGACUACCUUGGUUAUGGAUGAGCCGGAGCUUCUGCUGGACUCCAAUAUCAGACUUUGGGUGGUCUUGCCCAUCGUCUUUAUCACGUUCCUUGUUGGGGUGAUUCGACAUUAUGUCUCCAUUCUGCUUCAGAGUGACAAGAAGCUGACAUUAGAGCAGGUGUCAGACAGCCAGGUUCUUAUCAGGAGCAGAAUCCUCAGAGAGAAUGGGAAGUACAUUCCGAAACAGUCUUUCUUGAUGAGGAAGUAUUACUUCAAUAAUCAAGAAGAUGGCUUCUUAAAAAAUACCAAAAGGAAGGUUGUUCCUCCCUCCCCAAUGACAGACCCCAGCAUGCUGACAGACAUGAUGAAAGGCAACGUGACCAAUGUACUUCCCAUGAUCCUCAUCGGAGGCUGGAUCAACUGGACCUUCUCGGGGUUUGUCACAACCAAGGUUCCCUUUCCUCUCACCCUGCGCUUCAAGCCCAUGUUGCAACAAGGAAUCGAGUUACUCUCACUUGAUGCUUCCUGGGUGAGCUCAGCGUCGUGGUAUUUCCUGAAUGUGUUUGGGCUGCGAAGCAUGUACUCCUUAAUUCUAGGACAAGAUAAUGGUGCCGAUCAGUCCAGGAUCAUGCAGGAGCAGAUGAGUGGUGCUGCCAUGGCCAUGCCUGCAGACACAAACAAAGCCUUCAAGGCAGAAUGGGAGGCUCUUGAGCUAACUGACCACCAGUGGGCACUGGAGGGUGUUGAGGAGGAGCUAAUGAGCAGGGAACUGGAUCUAGAUGGAAUGUUCAGUAAGGAGUUACCAACGGGUAUCUUCUGAGUGCCAAUUCAUCACUGCAGGGAACCUGCCACUUGGCAAAAUGGUAGUCUUACUUAGAGGCAGACUUGGAGUUUCUAUAGGAAAUGACAGAGUGGAACAAAGUCCCUGGGCUUUGAUGACAAAUGGAGAUUUAAUGUCUAAAUUAAUUUAACUUACGUCAUUGUCCAUUUCAAGUUUAAUUGGAGAUAGUACCAAGUUCAAUUUAUAAUUGUAACUAUUUUAAAGAUUCACCCUCAGCUACUCAUGACAAAAAAAGGAUAGCAUACAUAAUUGAAAAACUGACAAGUUGUAUACUGUCAAAAACAAAACAUACAAAAGGUCAAUGAGCAUGUUGCACCACUUUAUUUUUAAUCAUGUUUACCUUGUAUUCUCAGAUUCUACCUACAAUGCCAUCAGAAAGUAUUCAUACCCCUUAUUCCAUAUUUGUUGAUACAGCCUCAAUUAAAAAUGUAUUAAAUGGACCCCCCCCACCCAUCUAUACACAAUAGCCCAUAAUGACAGUGAAAGCAUGCUUUAAGAAAUGUUUUCAAACGUAUUGAAAAUUAAAUGCCUAAAUGGACAUAAAUAUUCACACCACAGAGUCAAUACCUGUUAGAAUCACCUUUGGCAGUGAUUACAGCUGAGUCUUUCUGGGUAAGUCUCUUGAGAGCUUUGUACCUCUAGUGAAUAUUUGGUCUUGUAUUUUAGGUUAUUGUCCUGCUGAAAGAUGAAUUAGUCUGUAUGAAAGCAGACUGAAACACGUUUUCCUCUAGGAUUUUGCCUGUGCUUACCUCCUAUUGUAUCUCUUUGUUAUCCUCAAAAUAACUGAAGUCCUUGUUGAUGACAGGCAUACCCAUAAGAAAAUAUGGAGUGGUAUUCUGAUGUGUUGGAUUUGCCUCAAACAUAAUGCUUUGUAUUCAGAGCAUUAAGUUACCUUCUUUGCCACAUGUUUUGCUGUUUUAC